GGAACAUUAAUAAAGCCUGAAUCAAAAUGACAGAAUUGGUCUCUUCAAAUGAAGAGGAUAAGGAUCCUGACAUUGAGUUGUUCGUAAAGGCAGGCAGUGAUGGAGAGAGCAUUGGGAACUGUCCCUUCUCCCAAAGACUCUUCAUGAUCUUAUGGCUGAAAGGGGUGGUAUUCAAUGUCACCACUGUUGAUCUGAAAAGGAAACCACCAGAUCUACAUAAUCUGGCACCUGGAACACACCCACCUUUUCUCACCUUCAAUGGCGAGGUGCGGACUGAUGUAAACAAGAUCGAGGAGUACCUAGAGGAGAUGCUAGCUCCUCCAAAGUAUGUAGUCAGAGCAGGGUUGUUGUUUUUUUGUGUAUUUUUUUUUCUUGUGCAAGUUGAAUGCCUUAUUGCCUCCUUUCUCUCAAGGUACCCAAAACUAGCGACAAAAAACAGGGAAUCAAAUACAGCAGGAAAUGACAUCUUUGCUAAGUUCUCUGCAUACAUAAAGAACACAAAACCUGAGGCUAAUACAAGUCUACAGCGAGGUUUACUGAAGACUCUGAAGAAACUAGAUGACUUCCUUAACUCUCCUCUACCGGAGGAGAUAGAUGCAGAUAGCAUGGAGGAGGAAAAGUGCUCCAAUCGUAAAUACCUUGAUGGCAAUGAAUUAACACUCGCAGACUGCAACCUUCUCCCUAAACUUCAUGUUGUCAAGGUAGUAUCUAAGAAAUACCGUAACUUUGAGAUACCAUCAGAGUACAGUGGAGUUUGGCGCUAUCUACAGAACGCCUACGCGCGGGACGAGUUCACCAACACGUGUGCAGCUGACCGAGAGAUCGAACUAGCUUACCAGGAUGUAGCCAGACGGCUGGGCAAGUGAAACCUAAUUCAAGAGCAUAGUUCAUUUUCACAGACAAACUGCAACGAGAGGUGACUCCUUUGUCACAUGAAUGUGUUCAAUACAUUUGAUAGAUAAUACAUAACAUUAACAUUUUUUUCAGGGGGAAUUUUUUUGAGUUUUAUUGUGUGUGUUGCCUUGAGGACACCAUAUUGGAUUGGUCCUAUAAAUGCCCUAGAUAGACUGUUGCUUGGUCUGAUGCUGCCUGUGUACAUUUUGCAUGUCGCUGCCGUUUUGCUACCUGGGUGCAAAUGGCACGAAUCUGUCUAAUCAGCAACUCUGUAAUGGGCUUGAGAAAAGACUGUGCCACUAAAAUAGUUCUAUUAAAAUCUCUGCAGCCUUCAUUCUCUUGAAAUGCACAAGGCAGCAUGUUUCAUUUGCUUUUCCACUCUACUAUUAUAAUACUUUAUGCAGUCAAAUCACCAGAGUUAAAUAAACCUGUAGUGUUCUCCAGAAUCCAGUUUAAAUAUGCACAAAUUAAGCAUAAUCAACUGAAUACUAUACAACUGAAUCUAUUACAUUUAUAAUCUUGUCAUUAUCUUUGCUCAAGAGUUUUACUUUUGUGCAAUUUGGUUCCUUCUGUGUUCUGUAAACCUGUUAAUAAGACUCAUAUGCAACAAUGCAAUGUUCUUUGGUUUAAAGCUUAUUUAUUGUAAAAUUGCUAAACACUUAACUGUAUGAUUAACUGUGUUUGCUGACAUUUUAUGUUAAUUUAAGAACAGUAUUGGAUUUUUAGACUGAACUUCAGUAAUCCACAAACAUAUUCAUUCCCUGCACAAUCUAUAAAGAUUAGUGCACAGUGUAUUCUACUUUACAGCAGUUGUCACAGGUCCUAGUUAAGCAAACAGCGCCAUCUUGUGAUGAAGCAGUAGAAGUUAAAAACGCAAUCAUACACUACAGUACAUCAAUGGUACACAAUAUCUACCAUCAAGUGCAAAGGUUUGCAUAGUCUUAAGACAGAAUUGAGAAAACAAAUAGUUUAACAGAUAUUCCUUCAUUAUCACAAUGAAUAAAAAAUGUUAUUAAAUCUCUGCCAGUUCUGCAAGCAUUUGCCAUGUACCAGUUUUGCUUCACUGUUCUAUUUAAUUCACCUAAACCAUUUUAUGUGGUUUUACAUCGCAUGCGAGUCAGCUAAAAAUCCUGACAUGGUAGUAUUAUAUAGUUAUUGGUAGUCUUAUGAAUAAUGAUAAAAAUGUUUAUGUACAAUGUCCCAAAUUAUUUGUUGAACUUUUGUAUAGAUCUAACAUAUUUCUGUACUCUACUAUAUGCCACAAUUAUACUGAAAUCUCUUCUAAUGGCAAAUAAAUCUAUUUUUUUAUAAUGCUGUUUUGCAUGAGAUUUUCUAUUAUAUUAUGUGUAUACUGUAAAAUAUAACACAGUGCAAUGCAAAGAAUCCAUUGAACACUCACCUCAAGUUG